UUGUCCCAGUUGCGAGGGGGGCCUCAGGUGUCCAAUAGCAGAGGGUGGGCCCUAAGCUCGGCCACUUCCUCCCUUCAAGGGUAAGUGGUACCUCAGAAAUCGUGUGACUUGUAUACCCUUGUGGGGAGAGGAGGAAGGAUCAAAACUGUAUUGUGCUAAGUGCUUCUGACAUGUGGCUGUAUUUCCAUUCUCACGUGCCCCGUGCCAGGAAUCAUUGUCAUUCCUGUUUUACAGAUGAGAAAAUGGAGGCCAGAGGAGGCAUUCCCUCACCCAAGCUUGUAAACUUAUUAAUAGAAAUCCCAAUCUUCAAUCUAAGUUUGCACACUGACCAACAUGAGUGCCUGUGUGUAUAGGUGUGUCAGAGCCCUUGUGGCCUGGGUUCCAGUCAUCUGUCACCCGAAUCCCUGGGGCCAGCUGGUCAUACAGGGGUAGGUGCUUGUCCAUUUGCUUGGAGUAGAGAUGACCCAGCUUUUAGUAGGGGUCUGUGGGGGUGGAGAGGCACAGGGCUCCUUAAGGUCUCAGCUGCCAUGUGGGGCAUUGCUGGAGGUGAGCAUGAGGCAGCCUGUCUGGAUAAAGACAUCAAGGCCUGUGCAUAUAUGGGGGUGCCAGGAUUCCCCAGGGAAGACCCUGGGCACUUCCAUUAGUGGAGGUGUGCUCUUGUCUGGGCUCCUUCACCAGCUAGAUAGUCUGGGCUGGCCCAUGUGGGUCACUCCACCCAUUCCCAUGGCUGAGAGCUGCCCCCUCUAAAUAUAGCCCAGUGGGCUGAGCUCAGGCCUAUUUUAGGCCAGGCUGGGAGGUGGCUAGCCUUCCCCCCGGCCCCGAGGAGCCACUGCUGCCUUCAUCCUGUCCUGCUACCGGGUGUUACUAUCAGCUCAACUGCCCACCACCUGCCAUGCCUGAGGAGACCCAAGAAGCAGACACCGUGGCACUGACACUGAGCCCCAGGAGCAGGGUGCCACUGGCCCCCAACCACGUACAGGAGGUGCACCUGCACCGGGUGGAGUCCAUCAGCGACCUGCACAGCGGAGGUUCACUGCGCCCCUACCUGGCCGAGGAGGUGCAGCCAUGGGACGAGCUACUGGGCAUCCUGCCCCCGUCACUGUGUGCCCAGGCUGGCUGCGGGCCCGUGCAAGGCAGGGCGGGCUUCCUGUUGCUGCUGGCACUGCUGGUGCUCACCUGCCUGGCCCUCGCCAUCCUGGCCGUCUACCUGAGCGUGCUGCAGAGUGAAUCCCUCCGCAUGCUGGCACACACACUGCGCACCCAGGAGGAGACGCUACUCAGACUCCGGCUUGCCAGCCUCAGCCAGCUGCGGAGGCUCAACUCCAGUGAGGCCCAAGCACCCAGCUGAGACACCACUUGGACCUGGGGCU